CUUUUAAACAUUUCAUACAAACCAUACAGUCUUCAUGGGAACCAGAUCCCGAUUAUUCAGAUAUGGAAGAGGACUCCGAAUAUGUUAAUCUCAGUGAAUACCAUAGUAUAGACAACAAGUUUCGAGUUUUAGAUGUACACAGUUGUUUGCCUCGGUUUGCAUACCAUAAAUGGCUAGUACACUGGUGUUUAGAGGGGCUGGAAAUGAUAAAAGGUUUUACAGUGAACACAAUGAAGGAAUGCAUGGUAGUAGUUGGAGGUGACUUGAGUGAAGAGAGCAGGUCACUUUUAUAUUCAAAACAAGCAGAGGAAAAAUGCUUCUUAGAUUUUGCUAAAGGAAUGGUUGCCGAAGCAGAGUUCAUUUUGCUAUAUUUUUUGACAGAAAGCGACAUGGAUAAAUUAGAAAAUCUUCUGUCGAUUUUUAAUUCGAUUUCCGAAGACUUGCAAUAUAAGGAAGCUGAAUUAUAUCUUGUGAUGCAAAUGGAUACCAAGCAAGAUUCAGUGAAAGAUAUUUCAACUAUGAUACAAAAAACUAAACAAUUUAGAAUUCCAAGAGUUUUUCCGAUAACCAAGCAUAGCAUAACAGUCAAACACCAUCUGACAAUAUCACUUGAAAUGAAACUAAAUAAUUAUCUUUGUGACAUUGAAAGACAGUUAUCUACUUUACCAUCGAUGGAAGGUGUAGAAGAAAGUUUGGAAAAAGUUCGGGCUGUAUUAGAAAGGCUUAGAAAAGCACACUAUUUUCCAAAAAAACAUAUGGUUGAAAGGCCAUACAAUAAAGAGCAAAUAAUGAAAAUAAUUGAACGUUAUGAAGAAAAGAUUCUCUAUCAUGGAUUCAAUAAAAAAGGAGUUAGAAUCGUCACUAACGAUAAGAAAGUGAAAGAAGAUUUGCUUAGAAAUUUCUCUGAUGUUGGAAAUUUUGUGGUCGACAUAAUUGUGCAAUCCGAUUUUGAGAUGACACCAUUUGCUGAUCAUGGAAUACCUUUACAUGGGGCUAAAUAUGUCUAUAGACAACAAUCUUCUGAUUCGUUCUUUUUUGAUAACGAUUAUGCAACAACUGGUAGUCUAGUCAAAAUAAAUGAUUCUAGAAUGGCUGCAUUAACGUGCCAACAUGCUUUUUUAAACAGAGGAAAUCAGAAUGUUUUUGUAAACAUUAAUAAUUCGGUUGUUAAACUUGGUAGAAACAUGUUUAAUCUUCGAGAAAUGAGAUGUAUUCACGACGACAUCGCCCUUAUCGACAUAGAUAAAGAAACAAUUCGAAUCAUUGAUUCCCAUUGUGAGAAACUCUUACUUGAUGUACAUAACGAGCCAGCUCCAGCCGACCUCUCUCGAAGAGAUUUGGAUGAUUUAGUUGAGGACAUAGUUCACAAACGCGGUGCGUGCACUGAUUUAACGACAGGGAUUAUUAUUGAAACAGGUGAAAUCCGACAUCGAGACUUCCCUGAACGAGCUUCAGCCAUUAUUGUUAAACCAAAUUUGCGACGAAGAGGGCAUGUUCGCUUGUUUGGAGCGCCAGGUGAUUCGGGUGCUCUUUUAUUCCAACCUUCUUUAUCACUUGAAAAUAAAUUAGAGGUCAUCGGUAUGUUGUAUGGAAGAGCACCUAGAGACAUUUUCCCACAUCCUGAUACUGUAAUAUGUAUCCCACUAGGAACGGCUGUUGAAAAAUUAAAGCGUAAAAUCCAAGGUCUUCGUGAAAUUGACUUCUACAAGCAAUGAUAUGUGAUAAUGGAAAGAUGAUUUUUAGGAUGAAAUCAAAUAAAUCACCUGGCUCUGAUGGCUUUACCUCAAACUUCUUUGAGGGGGCCAAACAUCACCAUACAUAUUCUUGAACAGCAGAAGGAAAAUCUUAAAAGGGACUUUUGCACAAUUCUAAAACAAAAAGUUGAUCUUGAUGUAGA